AUGAUUGUAUCAUCUGCUCAGUCUUUUGACCAAAACAAAUGGGGAAUACUGCAACAGCGUAAAGAGGGAGUCGUACUAGCCGCGGUAAUCCGUGCCAUGUUUCGCUGUACAAGUCAAGGGAAUGUUCAGGACGACGAUGCAGUUGUGACGUAUGGAUGUCAAAACACACCGCCCUUAGCCACUGGUCUGCAAGUUCUAUUGCUCGAGAAUGGUAAUACCAUUGGUAUCUCUUUCUACUACGAACUGCCACUGUCACAUCCUCUGCGCUACAUCCGGAGCCGUCUGUUCGAUCGAUACAAGCCACAAGUGGCGAAACCCAAGCUGCCCGAUCACGAACCGUUUGACGCUAACGAAACCCACCGGAGAGCGUCUUCUCCUGUUCCCGUUGGCUCCUCGACAGAAACUCCAUUUUGUUCUGGCGGAUUCCUGGCAGCAAUAGUUACUGUCUCCCUCAAACACUUCUUGGAUGAUCGGCCCAUAUUUUUAUUGGAGAUUAGUCGUCUUGUGGACAGGGCCACGCGUGAAAAACCAGCAUCCGAAGAGUUCGUGGCUGCUUUGCGGGUGCCUUCUAUCGAUGACCGUUAUGCGUCCAGAAAAGGUAACUUCGAUAUCGGCGUUCAUGCUCGUUGGGAACUUGAUCUCAAAAUCUUCCUUAUGGUGCACGUCCCAGGAGGGAGAAGGCAUACGACUAGCAUUCGCGCGGUGGAAGAUAGAAAAUAUCAGCGGUUUGCACGGGAGAAGCGCGGAAGAGAAGAAUCUGUUCAGUGGACUUCCCGCAAUGCACAGGAAUGGACCAUCACCACAAGACACAUAUUCCCAUUCCCAAAUAAAGGUAAUGGGAAUGAUCUUGGAGAGCGGCAAACGACAGCUCCGGUAUCAGAGAUUCUCAAGAAUGGAUGGGCAAGAAGAGAGCUCAAGAACUGUAUUGACAGGUCAGACGUAUUAGGCGACUUCAAUUAA